CAUUUCUUCAACUAUAAUAACUAUAUAACAUAUCGAGACAAUGUCGUCUUCCGAAGCGUUACAACAGUUGAAACAGGCCUUGGAUACUAUGUAUUCUAAUCUGGCACAAGAAGAUAAAAUAAGAGCAACACAUUUUCUUGAAUCAUUCCAAAGAUCUCAAGAAGCUUGGGAACUUGUAGUUAAUAUAUUAAAUGAUGAUUCAAUUAAUGAUAUUCAAUUUAAAUUGUUUGCAGCACAAACAUUACGAUCCAAACUUACUUAUGAUUUGACUCAAUUACCUGAAUCAAAUUAUGAACAAUUAAAAAAUUCUUUAAUAGAUUUAAUUAAGAAAUAUCCUUUACAAGAUCAAAAAUUAAUAAGAACUCAAUUAUCCAUUGCAUUAUCUCAAUUAAGUUUACAAUAUUUGACUUGGCAACAAGCUGUACCAGAAAUAAUAACAAAAUUAUCUUCUGAUAAACAAUAUUUACCAUGUUUAUUGGAUUUCUUAAGAAUCUUACCAGAAGAAUUAUCCGAUAUUAAGAAAACUUCAUUAACUGAUGAAGAAUUUAUGGAAAGAACAAAAUUAUUAAUAUCUAAUAAUGUAGGACAAGUAUUAGCUAUCUUAGAUAAUUUAGUAUCUACUACUAAAGAUUCAAAAACUGAUCAAAUUAUUUUAGAUUGUCUUAAUAGUUGGAUUAAAGAAUGUCCUAUCGAACAAAUUCUUCAAAUAAAUUCUCUUACUUCAUUAAUAUUUCAAAGUUUAUCCAAUGAUAUUUCAUUUGAUAAAGCAAUCGAAUGUCUUGUUACAAUAAUAGGUGAAACCAAAGAUAUCGAGAAUUAUGAAUUAAUUGAUGCAUUAUAUCAACAAAUUAUUGAAUUGAAUACUUAUAUGAUAAGUUCAAAUAAAUUACAAGAUCCUGAAACAGUAGAAGGAAUCACAAGAUUAUAUGUUGAAGCUUGUGAAUCAUGGCAUGUAUUAAUUGCAAAGAAUCCUAAACAUUUUAAACCUUUAGUUGAAAUUUUAUUAGAAUCAUGUAAAUAUGAAGAAGAUUUAGAUAUUGUCAAGUAUACUUUUUAUUUUUGGUAUUUAUUAAAACAAAUUAUUACUUUACCAAAAUUUGAAUCUUCUAAAACUGUAUUUUCUAAUAUUUAUGAAGAAUUAAUUUCAAUUAUUUUAAAGCAUUUGACUUAUCCUAUUACAGCCAAUGAUAAUGACUUGUUCGAAGGAGAUAAAGAACAAGAAGAUAAAUUUAAAGAAUUUAGAUAUGAAAUGGGUGAUGUUUUAAAGGAUUGUUGUUCAGUGGUUGGAGCGACUAAAUCAUUAAAUAUUCCAUUCCAACAAAUUCAAAGAAUAAUUGGAGGUGAAUCUCAAAAUUUUCAUUGGCAACAUUUAGAAGCUGCUUUGUUUUCAAUGAGAACAAUGGCCAAAGUAGUUUCUACCAAAGAGCAUACUAUUUUACCUAGCAUUAUGUCACUUUUAGUUCAAUUACCUGAUCAUCCAAAAAUAAGAUAUGCAGCUACUUUAGUAUUAGGUAGAUAUACUGAAUGGACUGCAAAGAAUCCUCAAUUUUUAGAACCUCAAUUAACUUAUAUUACUAAAGGAUUUGAAAUCAUAAAGAAUAAUCCAACUGAUACUAAAAACAAUGAAGAUAUCAUUGUAUCUGCAUCUCGAGCUUUAAUGUAUUUUUGUAAAGAUUGUUCCGAAUUAUUAGUUGGAUAUCUUGAACAAUUAUAUAUGUUAUAUGGUCAAAUCAAUAAUGAAUUAGAUAUAGAAUCUACCUAUGAAUUGGUUGAUGGUUUGGCUCAUGUUAUUCAAAAAGUUCCUACUGAAAAUUUACAAAAGACUACAGAAAUGUUUAUUGCUCCAACAUUAGAAAAGAUUCAAAAUUUUAUUGCUAGUGGUGGAGCUCCAACUGCUACGGCAAGUCAAGAAGAUAUUUAUACUCAAAUUGCAGAUCAAAUUGAAAUUAUAACUAUCUUUAUUAAUGUAUUAAGAGCCAAGGAUUUUAAAAAUCCAAACUUUCCAGUUUGUGAUUUAUUCAUCGCUAAAAUAUGGCCCCUGAUUCCUCAACUUUUAACAUUAAUUGGAGGUAAAUCUAUUAUUGUUAGCGAAAGAACCUUAAAAUUAUUAAAAGCAAGUAUUCAGUCAUUCAGUACUUAUUUAAAUAAUUUAUUACCAGAUAUAGCUACCAUAUUACAUGAGGGAUUUAAAAGUACAAGAUAUGGAUGUUAUCUUUGGGUUUCUGGUAUUUUAAUUCGAGAAUAUGGAGAUGAAUAUACUAGUGAAGAAAUUAAAGAAGCUGUUUAUCAAUUUGGUUUAUCUCAAAGUGCAACAUUCUUUGAAUAUGUUUUUCAAGAACGUAAUGAAGAAGCAAUUAAAAGUAUACCUGAUGUAAUUGAUGAUUUCUUUAGAAUGUCUGAUGAUUUAUUAAUGUAUUAUCCAUUCAAAGUUAUUCCAAAUUUAGAAUUUUUGAAAUCAGUAUUAAAAUUAAGUUUAAUUACUUUAGGAUUAAUUAAUGAAUAUGAUACUAUAGUUUCAUGUGUUCAUUUCUUAAUUGAUUUAAUUAGUUGGGGUUCAUCAAAUCCUCCAAUUUCUUUAUUUAAUGAUGAAAAUCCUGAAUAUAUUAAGAAAUUAAUUCAAGAAUUCCUUACAUUAGAUAAUAAUGGAGGAGAAUUAUUAAGAGUUGUAUUAAAUGGAUUAAUUUUUAAAUUUAAUGUUGAUGUUCAUCAAGAUGUUAAUGAUUUAAUUCUUAAAAUAUUAGUUAUUGUACCUGAUAAAAAUCUUGGAAUUAAUUGGUUACAUCAAGUUGUUAAUUCAUUACCUAAUGUUAAUAAUAAAGAAAUUGAAAAAUUAAUUAAUACUUUAGGUACUGCAUUAGUUAAUAAAGAUAAUCGUCGGAUAAGAUCUUCCCUUAAAGAUUUCGUCAAUUGGUAUUCUCGUAAGAAUAUUUCACCAAGAUCUGAAUUCAACUAAUAGAUUCAUCAAUAUAGUUACAUAGUAAUAAUAUAGACAAACAUAAACGAUUAAUGAAUGACACAAUAUAAUUCUAUAAUUUCUACAAAUAAGAUCUCUGAGCGGGGCCAUAUCUCCAGGGUUUUAAGGUACAUUAUCAAAACAAGAAAUUCGGAUAUACA